AUGAACAUUAAUUUGAUUUUCGUUCUUUUAAUGCCUAAACACGAAGACAAUAUAGUGAGAUGUGUAACUAGAAUCCGCAGUGCUUCAAAGAUGCUUGAGAUAACUUGUAAUGACCGACUGGGAAAGAAAGUCAGAGUGAAGUGCAAUGAAGACGACACCAUUUGUGACCUAAAAAAAUUAAUCGCAGCUCAAACAGGCACUCGGUGGGAGCGAAUCGUUUUGAAAAAAUGGUACACCAUAUUUAAAGAUCACAUCACCUUAAGUGACUGUAUCCUUUAUUCUGCUUUCUUCAGAUUUCACCCUAUUUUCUGUUUUAAUUUCUGAAAUGAAAUACCAGAAAAAUGUC